AUGUAUUUAGCUAAAAGAUGUAUACGUGCAGUCCACACAUUAGCUGAAUGUAUAUCCAAAAAAGAAUGAUCCAAAGCUUAUUCUCUUCUUUCUCAAAACUCUCAAGAACUAGCACAGCUGGACCCUAAACUUUUAUCGUCACUUAUGUGGGGAUUUAAUAACUCAAAUCGAGCUAAAGAAGCAUAUACAUUAUUAGAGCUUGCACAAAAGCUUGAAAAAAAGCCAGAAGAGCUUGAUUAUAUUGCUGCUAUUGAGGUGUGUAUGAGAGCAGGGAAAAUUGACAAAACACUUAAUAUUUUUUAUCAAAGCCAAAUUUUUGGGGUUUCUUUAGAUUUAUAAUAUAAAAUAAAUAUCUAGGAUAGCCUCUGGAGAAAUCAUUAUUUUUGGGUUAAAAUAAAAACAAAUAAAGCACGGCUUCCUCGUGAUGUCAAAUUAAAUAUAAAUAAUUAACUUCUUUAGAUUCAGCAUUAUAUGAAGAACUUCUAGGAAUCCUAAUGAAAAAGUCUGAUCUAGAAAAUGUGAAAUCUGUCUUUUCCUGCAUGAAAAAAGAAAAAAUCAAUCCAUCCUUUGCCCUUUGUAUCAAACUAAUCAAAUAUGGAGCCAAAAAGGACGAAACAAUCCUUUUAAAAGAAGUCGGAGAAAUCAUGAAUAAGCUAGGCUACAAGUCCCCUGAAAAAGGCAGCGAAUUAACUAUAAAAGACGAUUUCAGAAAAAAACAAAAUGAAGUGCUCUCCAAUGAAUUUCUAGCUAAACUCAGUGAAAAUGAAGGAGAUUUAGAGAAAAUCCAAGGGUUUAUGAAAGGACUGAAACUAUUUAAUUUGAAAGGGGAAAAUAUCGUCCCAAUUUCUAUCAAUAUUUUGAUGAGACCUGAAAACUUUCUUGAUGAUGCAAAUGAAGAGGCAGGGGCUGAAAUAAGUGAAGAUGAGCUACAAAAUGAUAGCGAAGAUGAUAGUGACAGUGAAGAAUAA